GGCAGGACAAUUUCGAGCUAAAUAAAAGGUCUCCCCGUCCCUUUGCUCCUCACUCAACUGCACCGCUCAGUUAACACGGUAAGUGUCCUCGCUCCUUCGAGCUUUGACUACCCUACGAACAGCAUGUGCUCUAGUGGAUGUUGCUCUACCGGAUGCUGCUCCGUCGUGAAGAGCAAAACAGUGUGCUGCAGCCAGCCGUGCCAGAAGACCGUCUGCUGCAGCCCAUGCCAGCGGUCCUGCUGCUGCGACCCGUGCCAGAAGCCCUGCUGUGACCCGUGCCAGCAGUCCUGCUGCUGUGACCCGUGCCAGAAGCCCUGCUGUGACCCGUGCCAGCAGUCCUGCUGCGACCCGUGCCAGAAGCCCUGCUGUGACCCAUGCCAACAGUCCGUCUGCUGUGACCCAUGCCAGCAGUCCUGCUGCGACCCGUGCCAGAAGCCCUGCUGUGACCCAUGCCAGCAGUCCUGCUGUGACCCAUGCCAGAAGCCCUGCUGCGAUCCAUGCCAGCAGUCCUGCUGUGACCCAUGCCAGAAGCCCUGCUGUGACCCAUGCCAGAAGCCCUGCUGCGAUCCAUGCCAGCAGUCCUGCUGCGACCCGUGCCAGAAGCCCUGCUGCGAUCCAUGCCAGCAGUCCUGCUGUGACCCAUGCCAGAAGCCCUGCUGCGAUCCAUGCCAGCAGUCCUGCUGUGACCCAUGCCAGAAGCCCUGCUGUGAUCCAUGCCAGCAGUCCUGCUGUGACCCAUGCCAGAAGCCCUGCUGCGACCCAUGCCAGCAGUCCUGCUGCGAUCCGUGCCAGAAGCCCUGCUGUGACCCGUGCCAGCAGUCCUGCUGCGACCCGUGCCAGAAGCCCUGCUGUGACCCAUGCCAGCAGUCCUGCUGCGACCCAUGCCAGAAGCCCUGCUGUGACCCAUGCCAGCAGUCCUGCUGUACCAAGGUGUGCCAGAAGUCCUGCUGCUGCUGUGGCCAGCGCCCCUGCUGCUGCUGUGGCUGCCGUCCCUGCUGCUGCUCUGGAUGUCUGUCUUGCUCCUAUGUGGUGAAGAAGAAGCCCGUUCUGGUGUGUUGCAGCCCCAUGCAAUACUGCUCUCCCAUGAGGAAGUAUUGCAUACCCAUCCAGCAGUGCUGCACCUCAAUCAAGAAGUGUUGCUGA